UCUCGCAAAUAAAAACGUCGAAAGCAGAAUGUUAACAUCGCAACAUUUACGAUAAGCGUGUAAAACCAAAUUCGACAAAUUACAUAACAGUUGAAGAAGUGUUUAAUUUCAUUAUUAAUUUUACUUUACAAAGUUUGACAAGGCGUCGAUAUGUUUCUAUCAAGCUUGCUAUCAUUGGAUUGGGUUAUUACAGGAUUGAUAAUGGUACUCGUAUUUUACUUGACUUCUGUGUACCUGAGGGACAGGCGACUUCGGUCAUUUUUGCCACCAGGACCUGUGGCUUGGCCAUUAGUCGGAAACCUGCCUCAAAUAAUCGGACAGGACUUGCACAUAGCACUUACUAAUCUUGCUGACAUGUAUGGAAAUCUAGUCUGGAUGAAGAUGGGUCGUGAGAAUGUUCUUGUGGUCAACAAUAUGGACGCUGCAGUAGCUAGUCUGGUUCGACAAGGAAAGGUUUUCUCCGGACGACCGCGAAAAAGAAAGACAGUGGAGGUUCUGUUAGGGGAAGGCAAAGAUAUUGUUAUGAAUGAUGUCCUCCCAGAGCUGAAGCUGCAUAGACGCAUCGUGCAUUCCUUUUUAUCAUCACAAACUCAUUCUGAUAAGGACAGAUUGAAACUUAUUAUUUUGAAGGAAUCAAAAAGUUUGGAAGACAAAAUGAAGUUAUUUUCUAAUGAGAAUAUCUCGUUUGAUCCUAAGUACCAGGUGGCACGGGUCGUGGCCAACGUGUUAUGUCAGUGUAUCCUUAGCCGAAGAUUUGAUGAUGUUGACGAACAAUUUCACGAGCAGCUGAGGAUAGUUCAGGAUAUUGUGGAUAGCAUAGAAAGCUUUAACAUUGUAGACGUUAUCCCAUGGUUAGAGCACUUUCCUAUUCCUAGUUGGCGGAGAUUUUUAACGAGUCUGGAGAAGAAAGACAUUUGGAUAAACCAAGUUAUAAAGGAACAUAAAGAAACACGGACAGAAGAAAAGGAUAGAGAUUUAGUUGACAUUAUGCUGAAACUACAACAGGAGGCGAUAGAAUCAAAGGACGAGGAAGAAAUUCGUUUACUAUCUGAUACAAAUAUAGGCCAUAUUGUACACGAACUCUUUGGCGGAGGCAUUGAGUCCACAACCAUGACCAUUUUAUGGCUCAUGUUGUACCUUAUUCACAACCCACAGUGGCAGGAGAAAAUAUAUGAAGAAAUCCAGGAAAAUACGGGAGCAGGAGAAAACCCAUCACCUUUCGAACGGGUGAAAUAUCCUUUGCUGGAGGCAACGGUUAAGGAGACCCUGCGAAUGGCAUGCAUACUGCCGGUCGGAUUCCCUCACAGAACAUUAAGAGAUACAGAACUAAAUGGCUAUUACAUCCCAGCCGACACCAUGGUACUAAUGAAUAUCUGGGCAAUUCAUCACGACAAAAACGCUUGGAGAGACCCCGACACCUUCAACCCAGAACGGUUCCUUUGUAAACAUUCGGGAGAACGAUACAGUUAUCUGCCCUUUGGUAUUGGACACCGCGUGUGCCUCGGUUCAAACAUUGCCAAAAUGUCUGUUUUCUCCUUCUGUGCAACCCUUAUAAAAAACUAUAAAAUCAGGGUCCCUGAUGGGGCGCCCUUACCAGAUAUGAGACCAAACGCUGGAUUAACAAACAGACCGAAACCUUUCGAAAUUAAGCUCAUCAAACGCUCUUGAACCUCAAGAAGUAUUUUUAGUAAUGUUUUAAUCUCCGGUGAAAGAUUAAACGCUACACCCAUUUCCAUAUGUUUUCGAGCUAAAAGGAAUCCACAGACAUUUCCGAGGUUCUAUCAUAUUUACCACAGAAAUCCAUAUGGUCACGUAUUUUUCUUUAACCUUGAGUCCCUCCUGUCAUUUGGGAGGGUCUUUCUUUCGUUAUUGAACAACAAAGGGCAGCAUUUAUAUUUAUUAUCUAUGUACAUGUUAUAAAUAGAUUACCAAACUUUGAUAUUUUUUAUGUUUUGUGUUAUUGUUGUCAAAUGUUUAAUUUAUUAUUUGUGCUACGUUGUAUUUUUUGUAAAGCUUGCAUUAUUAUUUUAUAUUUUUUCCUUGAUGUUAAGUUUCAAAGAGACAUAUUAUUUAUUCGCAAUAUUUUUUCACUGAUUAUUUUAAAACCUUAUAUUAAUUACAUUGUAUUAUGUAUAUAAAGUUAUGUCAUUGUUUUAACCAAAGACGAUCACAUGUGAAAUUUAUUUAUUAUGCCACCAGCUUU